AUGUCUGCACCUACAAGUGAUAGUACUGAAGCCAUCACUAACUCUGGCUAUGGCAGCAGUGACGAGACAGCAAGUCUGCUUGUCGCAGCCCCAGCGGUGACAGUUAUCGUGCCCACCGAGAACAGAACUGUCAAGCCUAUCUUGCAGCGACAAGAUUGCACAACUAACUUACGACCUCAAUUAUCAGGUGGCCCGGGUAGCGAGGAGAGUGCAACGUCUGUUAGAAUUGAAGAUAACUCGACAAGAAGUGUUCCCGAUAUAGAAUUACAAUGUCGAGAUCCGCCAGAUCGGCCCCAAACACUAAUAUCGCCCGUGGCCACCGGCAGCCACAGAUGUUCAGUUACCACCUGCCAAUUAGUUCCUCACGGAUACGCUAGAUGUCGCGUUUGCGAACGCAGGCAGUCAACGGCGCCAGUGUCGGCAUUGCACCUAGCGCGAUCUGUUUCAAGAGAAAGCGUUCGUUCAGCAUUUCAUUACAACUGUGGUUGUAGUUCCCUGCACGCCGUUAACACGUGCCCCGUCAUACAACCGCCGGCGCUACUGUUGCCCACAACUAGUACUCGAAUCAUCCGCCAGAGUUCGCAGCCGGAGUCGAGCGCAUGCGUGACCCACUGCCCUCACCACGCCCACCACCACCCUAGCGCCUCCUUGCGGCAACUGCGAGAACCAGGCGAUGGAAUUGCGGGCAUUGCUGCUGAUUCACUGAGAAUAAAUGGUGGAAUGCGACCCUUCAAACAGCUGCGAAAGCCGGUGUCGACGGUGUCGAUCCCUGGCGCGAUGAAGGCGUACUCCGGGGGGAGAGACGCGGGGGCUGAGGAGGCGGGGGUCGCGCUGGUCGGGGUGCACAGCGAGUACCCGCGCUUCGGCGAGGAGCGCGCCCUCGGCGGCGGCACCUACAAAGGCGGGGGGACAGCUAAACACAAGCCAAACAUAGGAUAUAGGUUAGGUAGACGAAAGGCAUUAUUUGAAAAACGAAAACGAAUAAGCGACUACGCCCUUGUAAUGGGAAUGUUCGGUAUUAUAAUUAUGGUAAUAGAAAACGAACUUUCCAGUGCCGGUGUUUAUACCAAGGCGUCAAUUUACUCACAAGCGUUAAAAACAUUAAUUUCCAUGUCAACUGUGAUCUUACUCGGCCUAAUUGUUGCUUACCACGCGUUAGAAGUACAGCUAUUCAUGAUCGACAACUGCGCUGAUGAUUGGCGGAUAGCAAUGACGUGGCAGAGGAUAGCACAGAUUGCGUUGGAACUCGCGAUCUGUGCAGUCCAUCCCAUUCCAGGCCAGUACACAUUCACGUGGACCACUAAACUGGCCAACAAAGGAGGUGUUAUAGGCGUUGAAGUUGUUCCUUACGACGUUACACUUUCAUUGCCGAUGUUCUUUCGACUCUACCUAAUAUGUAGGGUGAUGCUGCUUCAUAGUAAAUUGUUCACUGACGCAUCUUCGAGAAGUAUAGGAGCCUUAAAUAGGAUUAAUUUUAAUACUAGGUUUGUGCUGAAAACGCUUAUGACAAUUUGCCCUGGUACAGUACUAUUAGUGUUCAUGGUAUCUUUAUGGAUAAUAGCAAGUUGGACGUUACGACAGUGCGAAAGGUUCCACGAUGAAGACCAUGCAAAUUUGCUAAAUUCAAUGUGGCUGACUGCUAUUACCUUCCUCUGUGUCGGCUACGGUGACAUUGUCCCCAACACUUACUGCGGCCGCGGCAUUACUCUCACCUGCGGCAUGGUGGGAGCUGGAUGCACUGCGUUAUUAGUCGCGGUUGUUUCAAGGAAGUUAGAGUUAACUAGAGCUGAGAAGCACGUUCAUAACUUCAUGAUGGAUACACAACUUACUAAAAGACUGAAAAACGCAGCGGCCAAUGUGUUGAGGGAGACUUGGCUCAUAUACAAGCACACGCGGCUCGUGAAGAGGGUCCACCCCGGGCGCGUCAGAACACAUCAGAGAAAAUUUCUACUAGCCAUUUACGCAUUAAGAAAAGUGAAGAUGGAUCAAAGGAAGCUAAUGGAUAACGCAAACACAAUAACAGACAUGGCGAAGACCCAGAACACGGUCUACGAGAUCGUGUCCGACAUGAGCACGCGGCAAGACAACAUAGAGGAGAGAUUAACUAGUUUAGAAGAAAAACUCACAUCUUUGCAGGAGCAAAUGAAUACAAUACCAGACAUCAUGGCUCGAUGUUUACAACAACAUUGGGAGAGAACUGAACAGCGCAGGAACUAUCUCCAUCCGGACACCGCGGCUGUGCCCACGCCUCCCUCAUCAACGAUCACACCGUAUGCCAGACCUCUGGCAUCAGCUUCGCAUCCGUGGCCGCCUAGUCCUGUGGGCCACCAGGCGGCGCGAGCACACUCUGCGCCGGAGAGCACGGCCGCACAUACGCCGACGGCGCAACUCGCGCCCACAAGCCCUGCGCCCGCGCCACCCCGCACGCAGCUGCCCAGCUGAGUACCGCCCUCCAAUUCCGAACUCCUUUGCUGAACUCGACGAAACUCGGCUCCUAUCCCCUUCUUAUGUAAUAACUAUUAGUAAGUUUAUCGGGAAAAUUGUUUCACAAUAGCUUAUAACGAUGCAGAUAGUAAAGCAAGCUUAAUUGACCGUUACUGUUUUUAGUGUUUAAAUGUUCUAUUCCUUUGUGCAACGACAAAUUUGUUAUUAUCUAUCAUAAACUUAUUGGAAGAGUGAAAUGAGUUUCCCGGUUCACCGACGGAAGAAGCCAGCGUGAGACAAGGCCAGCCGUAGUUUCCUUCGCUGUUCCCCAAAGUUUCGGAAGUGUCAGACUGUUUCUUAGUGGUAUUGUUUAGAUAGUAGAUGAAGAACGAAAAGACCUAAUACUGUGAGUUAACGAUAUGCUUUAUCAAGAAACGCCUUGUCAAAAGAUAGAUGAUAUUAUUUUAAAUUCUAAUGUUAAUGUUAAG